AUGGCCUCGGAGAACUUACUGAAUGGAGGUCAGAGUUUUCAUGGUGAAAAAUCUGAGUCUAAUCUUCUGAGCAGCCACAGUGAGAACCAUGAAAGCAGCAGGCCAUCAGCUCAGACCAGGCCGAUGCGAGAGGACAGAAGGGGAUACAUAGCACCAGCUCUCUCAAGGGACUCUGGAGUUAGCUCCAUAGAGCAUCACCAGGUGCCGGACAGCAAUGAAAGUAAGCAAUGAUAUUAAUAUUGACUUAUUGUCAAUGGCAUAAAACAUUAUCAUCAUACAAAACAUCUUGAUAACCAAGCAUUAUUUUUUUCAGAGCAGUAAACGGAAUGCUUUUCAAAUACUUUUUUUGAAAAAGAUGUGAAUAGACAUUUAAGUUUAAAACUACUUUCACCACUGCACUUUGACUUCUGCAUUUGCUUAUUAGAAGUUGUACAUGACAAAGCCUAACGGAUGUUUUAGUGUGGAGCAGCUGUGGACCAGACGAUUCUACUGAAGAAACCGUGGACACAAGUACAUUCUCUGAGGAAGAGCUUCUUGAUAUUACAUUUGAGGCAUGCAAUACCACUGGCACAGGUACAGGUCAUCUCUUGUAAUAACAGCUGUACAUUACUGUUCUUUGUUUACUGGCAUGCUUACCAAGUCUUUGUUCUCAUUAGGAGAGGUUCUGGCCUCCACGAUCAUGCAGUACCUGCAGACGAUGACUAGCCAGAGCCCAGAACAGGACAGGCUGAAUGCUUUGAAUCGCAUGCUGGACCCUGAGUGCCGGGACCCCGCUAUUAGCAGGGCCACAUUCCAAUCCACCAUGAGGGAGUGGAUUGCCCAGUGCAACCAGGAUGGGUAAGGAAAAAUCCUCCAGACAGCUAACUGCUAUAGAAUGUUCAUCUGCAGCAGCCUUAUAAUCAACAACAUGCCUCAGAAGUUUUGCCACAAAAAAUGACUGAAAUUUGUAGUUGAUUACAUCUGUUUAUGUGAUUUAUUUGUAUAAGACAUCGAUAAGCCUGCUAAUCUGCUUCACACCUAUAAUUGGAGACUAAUGAUUGUUUGUAUCUUUCAGCAUGCAUGAGGACGACAAACAUAUUUCAGGGGAAAACCCUUGUAAAGUGCCUAUAAAUGGUAAGGUUUUACUUUUGUAGGCAGCCAGGGAAUCCGUCUCAGAUUCCAGUGCAAUUCACUCACUAAUUGUGUUGCACUUUCAGGGAUGGAUUUCUCCGGUCCUGAGAUCAAAACUGCCUUCUCAGAAGGAGAACAGUGUUAUUGGUAAGUUAUUCAGCUUUUCUCAGUCACUCAUGAUUUGACUCUUUCUAUACAGUACUAUUUCUUUAUUGUACUGUAUUCAACUGGCUUCCAGUUGAAUCACGCAUCCACUACAAGACCAUGGUGCUUACCUACGGAACAGCAAGAGGAACUGCCCCCCCCCCUUUCUAUGCCUGUGAUAUGUGUUUGUCCCACCUAGCUAUCUUAAGAUGAAUGCACUAACUGUAAGUCGCUCUGGAUAAGAGCGUCUGCUAAAUGGCUAAAAUGUCAAAUGUAAAUGUAUUAAUGCUAUAAAUCUGACUACUCAUUUGGCUCUAGUGACUCCAGGGAGCUGCUGGCCACUGUGGCUGAGCUGAAGCAUGCGCACCAUAGGAUGAGUAAGCAGAACAACAGCCUGUUGAGGACUGUAUCUCAGGGUGAGGACACCAACUUGCAGCUCACAGUGGAGAUCACUGAACUAAGUGCCAAGCUGGCCAGGUACUGUCUGUGAGGAUGGAGCAAUAUGUUAUUUUGAUAUGGUGGAACAUUAUAUGGAUCCAUUAUUGCAAGGCAUGGUAGUUCUGAAGAUUUACAGUUGUAAAACUGUCUGUGUGACGUCCCCAGUGCCCAGCGGUCAGCAGGGAGAACCAGGUCCCUUGUGGAGGAGCUGGAGGAGGCCAGGAGAGCCCUGAGGGAGGCAAAGGAGAGAGCCAGCCGAGCCCAGGCUAGCAGCUGCAAACUGGUACUGCUCUCUGAGCAGGGCUCAGCUAGAGAGACUGCUAUUGUAAUAAGGAAAUUACAUAUAAGGAAAUGGCGUACAAAUGGCUUAGGUUUAGCCAGAGGGUGGAUGAUUUUAUUGGAAUUUAUACAUUUCCAUUUCCAUUGCACCUUUUUUCCAUUUUAGAGCAAAGAAUGUGACUGUCUGAAAGCACACAUUCAAUUGCUUGAAGAAAAGGUAACUUUGAUCUUUAUUAUUAUUUUAUAAUGCAUGUAUAAAGUUUGUCAUGUUACAUACUAUAUAUUAUAUGUGCGUAACACAAUCACUUUUAUAUCUGCAGAAUGAACAACUCACACUCGAGGGGACUUGUUCUGAAGAUUGUCUCAACAAAUUGAGGAAGGUUAAUGCUGAGAUGAGGGUAGGAACUUUUGGCCAGAACAUCUCUGUCUGUCACUGAGAUAGGAGUCCAGUAAUGGAGAUCCCCUAAUUUGUUUUGCAGGAGGAACUUGAAGAGACCCUUGUCAUGCUAGCUGUAAGAGACAGGGAACUCACUAAGGUUAGUAUACCAUAUCUUCACACAUAGUGGGUUCAUUCUCUGUUUUACAAUGACUGCAUUGGUAGAUUUAGAUUUUUUCCUGUUCCUUUCUAGAAAGACAUACUUAUGGAUAAGCUGAAGAACUCUCAUCUGGAGAACCAUAGAAUCAUUGAGGUAUCUUCAUAAUAACAUUCAUCAUUUCAAGUGCCUGCUGUUAUGCCUGUGUACUAGCAGAAAGUAGCUCUGAUCGUUUUUUCCCUGUCAUUGAAGGGGCUACAGUCAGAGUUGAUGCAUUUAUCAGAACAUUCCCAGCAAGCUCUUUUGAGGUAAGUGCUGUCAAUCAUUUCUAUGUCCAUAUGCUACUCAUCAUUAUUUUUGUUACCAACAUCUCACCCAACAGCUGUUCAGGUGACAUAUUUGUUUGGGCUUAUUUGUUACUUAGAAUGUAUGUGAGUGACAUCACAAUGGGACAUGCUAGGGGUCAGUGGGGUCAGUGUGUUUAACCUGGUGGUGUGCUGCUGUAAUUCAUAGGUUUGACAGGCACUGUAGCAGUCCACAGGGUUUCCAGGGAAGGAGUGGAGGUGUUCCUAAUCACCGCUCUUUGCAUGCUGAGAUCCAGGACAUUCAGCAGGUGACAAAGGCUUUAGUUCUGCAGUUGGUUAUCAAUAGCCCUAUCGUGUUACUAUAG